AAAUGAAAACAUAAAUUUAGUAUUGAAUAUCAUCAGCAGUUCAGCACCUGCUUGUAUAUAUAUAUAUGAUAAAACAACGUUAAUAAUUUUACAAAGUGUAGUGAAAAACUAAGCAAAAAUAAAUAGUAGUAGUUAGUCAGUAGAUCUAGAACCACACCUCACCAAACAGGCAGAGCAGUAGAGGUCGGUUCCCGCUACUUUCUACACUAACUUAUCGCCACGUGUCUCAUCAUACGCGUAUUUUAAUAUUAAUUAUUAAUUAUUAAUAUACAAAAAGCACAAAAUUACGUUGAAGGCGGCGUUUUGCUUCCUCCCUAAUCAAACUCUAUCUUCACUAACUUCCAUUAAACCUCUCUUCUUCGGUUCCUCGCGCCUCAUAUUCAAUUUGGAAGACUCCUAUUCAAUUCAGGAAGGUGAAGCUAAUGGCGACUGCUACAAUGGCCACGGCUGCCGGUGCAGCUGCCCUCUUAUAUUAUACAUUGAAUCGUAAAUUACAGUCGGGACCUUCUGCUGAAGAAGAUGAUGGUGAGAUUGAAAGUAGUUUGCCUAACCAUCCCCGGAUAGGAAUUGAACGCGUUUCAAAUAGGUUAAUUCAGGCCCCUGCAACUUGGUUGGAGACGAUUUCAACCUUGUCGGAGACACUAAGGUUUACUUAUUCUGAAACCUUAGGGAAGUGGCCAAUUGGGGAUUUGGCAUUUGGGAUCAGUUUCCUUCUAAAGAGGCAGGGUCAUUUACAUGUUGGGAGUGUCUUUGGUGGGAAAGACAGUCAGCAACUGAAGGGACCCGAAAUAAUUGCUGAACUUAGAUAUCUCUUGCACUUGUUGACGCUUUGUUGGCAUUUUUCUAAAAAACCAUUUCCUUUGUUUCUGGAGGAGACUGGUUUUUCUGAAGAGAAUGUACUUCUUCAAGAACCCAAAGCAGGAAUCUUGAAACCAGCGUUUACAAUUCUCGUUGAUCACAAUACUGAAUGUUUUCUCUUGCUUAUUCGCGGAACUCAUAGUAUUAAGGAUACUCUAACUGCUGCAACAGGAGCUGUGGUACCAUUCCAUCACAGUGUUGUACACGAGGGAGGAGUUACUGAUCUAGUUUUGGGUUAUGCACAUUGUGGAAUGGUUGCAGCUGCACGGUGGAUUGCGAAACUUGCAACUCCUUGUAUUCUUAAAGCACUUGGUCAAAAUCCUGGUUACAAACUAAAGAUUGUGGGGCACUCUUUGGGUGGAGGUACAGCCGCACUUCUAACAUAUAUAUUGCGAGAGCAGAAAGAACUGUCAACAGCUACUUGUGUGACAUUUGCUCCAGCUGCAUGUAUGACAUGGGACUUGGCAGAAUCAGGUGGUGAUUUCAUUACUUCUGUUAUCAAUGGAGCUGAUUUAGUGCCUACUUUCUCAGCUGCCUCUGUGGAUGACUUGCGGGUUGAGGUGACAGCUUCUGCUUGGCUGAACGAUCUAAGAAAUCAGAUUGAGCAAACAAGAAUUCUUAGUACUGUCUAUCGUUCUGCUUCAGCUUUAGGUUCUCGCCUUCCAUCUAUUGCCACUGCUAGAGCCAAAGUUGCUGGGGCAGGUGCGAUUUUACGCCCAGUUUCCAGUGGUACUCAGGUAGUUAUGAAAAGAGCCCAGAGCAUGGCGCAGGCAGCAUGGAGACGUCCUUCUCUUCGCCUGUCAUCGUGGUCUUGCAUGGGACCUCGCCAGCGAACCACGACUGCUGUUUUAAACUCUUCAGGAUCUGCUACCGAGACAGAAACUUCUGACGGUCUUCUGACAUCCUCAACAAAGAGUACAACUAUAACUACAACUACCAUUGAAAAUAUUGACCUUCCUGAAUCUUCAUCUGGAGGCUGGACUUCAGAAAUUGAGUGUUCUUGUACUGAUGAAAUAGUUCAUGAUGGUGAAGAGAAUGGUGAUAUCAGUGAUGGAGAAGAUCUGAUGGGGCAUAACAGACAUGAAGACCGCAUGACUGAAGUUGAGUUGUGGCAACAGAUUGAGCAGGAGCUCUACGAUCAGACAGAGGGAGAAGAUGUUGAUGUAGCCAAUGAAAUAAGAGAAGAAGAAGCAGCAGCCAUGGCAGAAGUAAGUGAUGGCCAGCCUGAGAGUUCUGCUCCUGAAGUGAAUGAAGCGCACAGAUUUUUCCCUGCUGGGAAGAUCAUGCAUGUUGUUUAUCUUCCUUCCGAAUCUGAUGAUGCAGAGUGUGAAGUUGAUCGGCAGCCAGAAGAGGAUAGCCCAACCUCAAGCACCAACAGCUCAAAUGAUGGGCAGCCAGAAGAGGAUAGGAUCGGUAUCUUUCUCACCCCGAGAUCGCUUUACAGUAAACUGAGACUGUCACAAACCAUGAUUAGUGAUCACUUCAUGCCUGCCUACAGAAGACAAAUUGAAAUGCUGAUUAAAGCACUUGAAAAGGAGCAAUCUUCGGUGGGAGAGGUAGUAUUAUAGGGAGAGUAGUUGAAACAGCUAUUUUGUACAGAAAUAUACACAAAACAAAGGAUAGAAAAUAACUCCAUUACAUUGAAGAUAGCAUGUGGAGAUUAGAUCCUCAGAAAAUAUCCUGAGAUUAGAUCACAUAUCUGGGAUUGCCAUGGCAAGAGGUUAAAAAGAGCCGUACACCUCUUAAUCGGCAUAGAGUCAAUGACCCGGUCAUUGGGAAAUUGAUUAUUUUUGUUCAUUUUGAAUAAGGCAAGUCAUUUUCAGUUGGUUCUCUUCAACUCGUUGGCUAUUCCAUUAUGUUAGAACUAAUGUCUAAUCUAACAAGUUAAUAAAAAUUGGCUCUUCUGUCUUGAACUUUAAA